CUGUGUGCUGAGCUGGGUAAAAGACGCGGGGAAGAGUUCCGCCUGAACAUUUCGGCCAAGAAACUUGGAGGCGGAGCAGGCGCCUAGUACUUGUCCCGGUCCGUGUUGCCGAGAGUAACCAAGAACAGCUACGAUGAUUCGUGGUUUGGUGUGUUUAUGUCUCCUAUCCUCUACUGUGCUAGGCCAGCAGGGGCCAGCAUAUUUUAUUUCUGUCCCCAACCUGCUGAAAGUUGGUACAGAGGAGACUGUGUCAGUCAACGUCUUCAAUGUGGCCAACCCUGUACGGGUGAAGGUUUACCUUCAGGACUACCCAGACAGAAAAACCACCUUCUCACAGGCAGAGGUCGAUGUCAGCCAAGAUGAGCCCAGUCUGGUGACAGUGAGGGUGAAUCCUGACAACCUACCGGAGAGCAGGGCCACCAAGCGUUAUGUCUACGUGGUGGCCAAGUCCGACGAUCCGCAACUCACCUUCCAGAAGGAGGCACAAGUGCUGCUGAGUAACCAACAAGGCUAUGUCUUCGUGCAGACCGACAAGCCUAUAUACACUCCCAACCAGAAAGUGAAGAUGAGAAUCAUGCCUCUUGACCAGGACAUGACCCCAGCAAGCCAGCCUGUAAAACUGGAAAUUUUGAAUCCCCAGGGAAUCAUUGUUGAGCGGAAAACCUUCCCAGGGUCGGCAACUGGCUUCAUCGCGGAAACCUUUGACUUCCCAGCAUUCCCCCUGUUUGGAAACUGGACUGCUAUUGCCCACUAUGGUCCAGAGAUGCAGCUGAAUGUAUCUACACAGUUUGAAGUCAGGGAAUAUGUGCUGCCCACCUAUGGUGUGAGAAUCAUCCCGUCCAAUCCCUACAUCCUACCUGAGGAUGAUGUCAUCAGUGGAGAGGUGGAGGCACUCUAUACUUAUGGAAAAGGUGUGGAUGGUUUCCUGGACGUGAAGUUCGGUAUAGUUGACCAGGAGGGAAACAGACAGCUCUUUGCACAGCUGCAAACAGAGGUGAAUGAUGGAUUUGGUUUCUAUGAAAUCGACACACAAAGAAUCAAGGAUCUUGACCUGUGGUUCCCUGAAGGCAGUCGGUUGUACUUAGAGGCGUCUGUGACAGAAGAGGCAGGGGGUCUGCGAGAAAUGGCGGUUCUCACAUCCGUCAGGUUUGAGACAUCACCGUUUAAGAUUGGCUACGACCUGACAGCGGCGUAUUUCAAGCCAGGCUUACCAUUCCUUGUCAAGCUUACUCUGACGUAUCCGGAUACCAAACCAGCCGAGGACAUUCCAGUCCGAGUUUCCGCCACUGCGAUUAUUCCCGGUCAGGACCCUGUCGUUAUUCUGGGUCGUAACAACGAGCACAACAGCGACACGACCAAUCAGUACGGGCAGGCCAGCUUCACGGUCGACGUGCCUCCAGGAACACAGACAUUAACUGUCACGGCCAAGACGGAGCAGGUGGGUCUGCCCCCAGCGCACCAGGCGCAGGAGGAUUACGAGGCCACGCCGUACCAGUCUCCGUCCGGGAGCUACCUCCUGGUGCGCGUGCUCCAGCGCGGUCCCAUCCCCGUGGACGAGGCCAUCGACGUGGAGGCGGUCGUCACCAAACAGAACGACAUCCAGAGCUACAACUACAUGGUGGUGACGCGGGGACAGGUGACGCUGCAGGGGAAGAUCGUACGACAAGGCGGCGUGCUGAAGACGAUAACGUUCCGUACGUCUGCGGUGAUGGCGCCAAUCUCGCGUCUCAUCGUGUACUACAUCAACCUUCAGGGGGAGGUGGUGGCAGACUCCACCCUACUGGAGGUCGAAAAUGUCUGCAGAAACAAGGUUACCGUGUCUUCAACUGACAAUGUAGAACCACAGGAACAGGCCAACAUUGAGGUGAACGCCGACCCCAACUCACUGGUGGGACUGCUGGCUGUGGACCAGGCUGUCUACCUGCUCAAUAACUACAACAGACUCACUUCUCAGAAGAUGUUCCAGGCCAUGGCUAAAUAUGAUCAAGGAUGUGGCCCAGGAGGGGGACAGGACAGCGCAAAUGUCUUCAAGGAUGCUGGUGUAACUGUGCUGACCAACACCCAGCUGUCGCCUGCAGUUCGCAGCAAUGCAGGCUGUGCAAGUCAGUCACGCAGGAAAAGGGACCUGCAAAACUCACUGGAGGCAAAAGUAAUGGAGUACAACGAGACUCUCCAGCCUUGCUGCAUGGCAGGCCAAAAGUGGGAUCCUCUGGGCCGGUCCUGCCUCCAACGUGCCAAGCUGAACUCCACGUCGCAGGACGAGUGUUACUUCACCUUCCUGACGUGCUGUAACCACGCACGCAGCCUGCGCCGGCUGGGACGCGGGCGUGGCCGGAUGGGAGGCGGCGGCGGCCUUCUCGAUAUCGACAUCGACGAAGACGAGUCACAGCUCGUCGCGCGUACGGAAUUCCCAGAAACCUGGAUCUUUGAAGACGUCCAAGUGGACGAUGGAGGUCACGCCGUUGUUCCUGUGACAGUUCCGGGCAGUAUCACCACCUGGAUCAUCCAAGCUGUGGGCAUCUCCACCACAAAUGGCAUGUGUGUGGCCAAACCCUUCCGCAUGAAGUCCUUCAAAAAGUUCUUCAUCCAUCUACAGCUGCCGUACUCCAUCAUCAGGGGGGAGCAAGUUGCCGUCCGCGCAACGAUAUUCAACUACGACCAACAGGACCUGAGGGUGAAUGUGUACCUGCAAGGUGUGGAGGGUGUAUGUUCUGGAGCGAGGGCAGGAGAGAGAAGCGAGAGGAAAACACUCUUCAUCAAGGGCAACGACGCUGCCUCCGUCCUAUUUCCCAUCAUCCCUCUGGAGGUCGGAACGUUUCCGAUCCGUGUUCUCGCCUUCAGCACUGCCGCAGGAGGGGACAUUGUCGAAAAGUCACUACAAGUUAUUCCGGAGGGAGUUGAGAGGAGGUUGGUGAGGUCCAUCUUCGUGGAUCCGAAGGGGCGAGCACGAGACAGGAAACGGGAGGGGGAGGAGGAGGUGGCACUUCCUACUGAACAUGACGUUGACCCUGACAAUGGACUACAGUUUGAUGUUGUGGACGUACGCCUGCCUCCAGAGACCAUUGAAGGAUCAGAGCAAUGUGCCGUCAGUGUCAUGGGUGACAUCAUGGGCCCAACCAUCACUACCACCAUCGGGGGCCUGGGAACCCUCCUUCGCCUGCCAACGGGCUGCGGAGAACAGACCAUGAUUAAGCUGGCGCCCAACGUCUACGUCCUCAGCUACCUGCACUGCACCGAUCAGAUCACUAAAGAUGUGGAGGAGAAGGCAUACGACUUCAUCAGGCAAGGCUACAACAGACAACUUACCCACAGGCGAGCUGAGGGGUGUUUCUCUGUGUGGGGCCAGAAUAACAGAUAUCCCUGCAGCACUUGGCUGACAGCAUUUGUGAACAAAGUGUUCUGCCAGGCUAAGAAGUUUGUCACCAGUAUAGAUGAGGAAGCUGUGUGUAAAGCCACAGAGUGGCUCCUUAGCACACAGAGGGAGGACGGAGCUUUCAAAGAGGUGUACAAAGUCCAUCACAGGGAGAUGACGGGUGGUGUACAGGGAGAUGCGUCUAUGACAGCAUUUGUGCUCAUUUCUCUGCUGGAAAACUGUGAAUGCCCCAUAGCUGAACGCAGCAUUGCGAUUGAGAGAGCCACCUUGUUCCUAGAGAGACAGCUAGACAAGCUGAAGCGUCCGUAUGUCAUCGCCAUAGUAACGUACGCGCUCCAUUUAGCCGACAGUCCCGUCAAAGCUGCCGCCAAUGAGAAGCUCAGAAGUAUCGCCAAGUAUGAUGAAGGUACAAACUCCCGUUACUGGGAAGCUGACGCCUCCAGCCUCGGCGGCGGGCAGCAGCCCUACUGGUACACACGGAAGCCCAGUGCCAUCGCCGUGGAGACGACAGCGUACGCACUGCUGACACAGAUGCACAUCGGAGACGUCCAGUACAGUAACCCCAUCGUGGUCUGGCUCACUCAGCAGCGCAACAGCGCAGGGGGCUUCGUGUCAACUCAGGACACAGUGGUUGCCCUCCAGGCUCUGGCCUCCUACUGUGGCAGCACCAAGGUCGACCCAACACAGUUCACCUGUCAGAUGACCUCCGACAACGACCUGGACUAUAACGAGGAGAUUCACGUGGAUGAAGACAAUGCCUUGAUCAAACAAGAAAAAACUGCACCUGUUGGAGGAAAGUUGUUCCUGAGUACAAGUGGGACUGGCAUCGGACAGAUGCAGGUGGAGGUUCGUUACCAUACGCCGGACGUUCACCGGGAGCGCUGCCUGUUCGAGGUUGUCGUGACAACAGAAGAGGCGGAAGGUCCAGUGGAACCCGAGGAGGAACCCGAGGACGGGCAGGAGGGAGACGAGGACUACCCGGACUAUGACGGAGAACUGGACGCACGGGAAAGGAGCGCGUUCAGCUCACGGUCCCGGAUCGGAGGCUUCCUGCAGAACCCGAGACGGUCGCGUAUUGCGCGUCAAGCAGAGGACGAUGACCAAAGCCAGUUCUUUAUUCGGGUUAGAGUCUGCACCAGCUACCGAGGCCAGCGGGCUGCAUCCAAUAUGGCCAUCAUGGACAUUGGUAUGUUCUCUGGUUUUGAACCAGUCAAGCAAGACCUGGAACAGCUGUUGAACCGAGCUGGGGAGAAAGCUGUCCAGCGUUAUGAGACCACAAAUCGAGCAGUUCUGUUGUACUUCGACGAGAUUACCUCAGAAGAGAUUUGUGUGAGCAUUCGCUUGAAACGGGUGAUGGCGGUAGGGGCUGUCCAGCCUGUACCAGUCAGUGUCUAUGAUUACUACCAACCAGAUGAUGCCUGUACGACAUUUUACCAUCCCAGCCAGGGCAGCCCUCUGUUAGCCACACUAUGUGAGGGCAGUCAGUGUGUCUGUGCUGAAGGGAAGUGUCCCAAGGAGACCUCCCCUAAGAAACUGAGGGAGUUGACUCAACGAGACCUGGAAGAGAAGGCUUGCAACGACCUUGACUACGCUUUCAGGGUCAUUGUGAUGGAAGUGCGAGAGGAGGGCAGUUUUGACCGGAUCAGCGUGAUUGUGGAAAGCCCCAUCAAGAAAGGACUGGAUGAUGUGUUUGAGGGAGAGGAGCGCGUGUUUUGGAAACGAAAGACCUGCUCCGGCCUUCAGCUUGUAGAAGGGACCACCUACCUACUGAUGGGGAAGGAUGGGACCAAGUACACCGAUGAGAAUGGCUUGGACAGCUUCAGGUAUGUGAUCACUGAGCAGUCGUUUGUGGCCGAGUGGCCGACUGGGGACAAGGCAGCGAGGAAGAAGUACAAGCGAGUGGUGGACAAGUUCCAGCAACUGGCAGACAAGAUCUUCCUGCAGGGAUGCACCACAUAGACCAACAUCAGUUUGUUCCCAAGGUUGAUGGCAAGCAGUUUCAAUUUUUGGACCAUUGACACCGAAUUCUCCAUCUUUGAUACAAUUUGAUCAUCCUAUACUGAUACUAUAGGUUGAUUAAUUUUUUAAGUGGUUUUUAAUUUGCUGUAGGAGGAAAAUUGAGAUUUUUUUUCAGUACACGAAUUUUAAAUGCACUGUUGAAACAAUCCUGUAGGAUACAGUAGUAUAUUAGAGCCAUUUUUGCAAAAUGUCGCAUAUUUGUAGAGGAGAUAGCCGUCACCAGGAAAAGUGCAAAAAUAUAACCAGCAGAAAAAUGUGAAGAUUUAGUCGUAGAUCAUAAUCAUCAAUCACAAGGAAAAGUCUUUUUUUUAGUCUUCAAUUGAAGAUUUCCAUGUAUAUUGUUUUCUGAUAUAAAUGUUCGUUGAAUUAUGUCAAUGACCAUUUGUUUUUCUAGCUUUCAAGCUUCAUGAUCAAGUAUGCCCUAUGGCUAUGCUCCUGUAUUUUUGACAGAGCAUCUUUGCUAAGAGAAGGAUGUAAAGAACAGAAAAAAGUUUUCCCUGAAAUGUGCAAUUUUAGAGGCAUCAAGGAGGUUACAGAUCCAGCUUCCUUGGUGGAACAAAAGUUAUAGAAAUAUUGUGCAAUGUUGUGCAUGUAGCUAUUUUUACAGUUGGCUGCAGAAUUCUGCAGCAAUGAAAAUAUGAUAACAGUUGAUAGUGUUGACCAUAGUUGAUGUUAUGGUAGUUGGCCACAGAUCAUCUCUUAUCAUUGAUAUUGAGCUCCUCUGUAUCUUGUUGAUAUUGAGCUUUCUGCUGUUUAUGCUUUCAAUAAAUACACUUGACAAAAA